GCCUCUUGAAGGUAUAGGAGCCUAUCUGUCCUUUGCAGCUAUUCUUUGCAGCUCAGGGUGUUCCUUGUCUCUCCCUGACGAUUCCGCUGUCCUGUGCUGCUCUUGCACUCCUUAGGAGAAAAGCUUCGAGUGCAAAAUGUGCGGGAAAACCUUCAAGAGGUCUUCGACGCUGUCCACCCAUCUGCUGAUCCACUCAGACACCCGGCCUUACCCCUGCCAGUACUGUGGGAAACGCUUUCACCAGAAGUCGGAUAUGAAGAAGCACACCUACAUUCACACAGGGGAGAAACCGCACAAGUGCCAGGUUUGUGGCAAAGCCUUCAGCCAGAGCUCCAACCUCAUCACCCACAGCCGCAAGCACACGGGCUUCAAGCCCUUCAGUUGUGAGCUCUGCGGGAAAGGCUUCCAGCGCAAGGUGGAUCUGCGGCGACAUCGGGAGAGCCAGCACAGCCUCAAGUGAGGGGGACCCUCUGCCUGCCAAGCUAGAGAACCUGCAAAGACAAGGAAGGGCCAUCUACCAUUCUCCUCAGCCCACCCAGACGAGGAGAAAGAAACCUCUGGCUAACUAAACAGUCCGCCAAAGCAGUUCUGUUUACCCCAGUUGGAAGGCGGCUUUGGCACAGGGUGUUCCUCCUCCCCCCACCCCAAUUGCGACUCCCUUCCCAACAAGGGCGGAGCGAGGGAGAACUGUGCCCAGGGCGUGCGAGCGCCCUGCACCCCUGCUGCGGCACCACCUGCCCCCACCCCGGAACCCCCCGGCCACGCCCCUGCUGCGGUGUAUGCCCAGGGCGUCAUGCCUGCUGUCCCAUUGGCGCUACGCCACUGCUUCCCAACCAUUUCCCUCUGUCCAGUUGUAACUAUACUGAUAGGAGCAGCUUAUGACUGUCUUGUUGUCCUUUUCAGCGUCACUGUUGCCAGCGAGUCAAAAAGGGCCUUGCAUUAUGUUGCAGGAGACUCUGAGGCCCCUUCCGCACAUGCAGAACAAUGCACUUUCAAUCCACUUUCGCAAUUGUUUGCAAGUGGAUUUUGCUAUUCCGUACAGUAAAAUCCAGCUGCAAAGUGCAUUGAGUGGAUUGAAAGUGCAUUAUUCUGCAUGUGUGGAAGGGGCUUAGAGAUGCCUGUGACAGUGACAGUGACAGUGAAAUAUACAUACCGUGUUUCCCCGAAAAUAAGAUAGUGUCUUAUAUUAAUUUUUGCUCCCAAAGAUGCGCUAUGUCUUAUUUUCAGGGGAUGUCUUAUUUUUCUGUGUUCUGUUCGUCGGGCAUGCUUCCAAACAAAAACUUUGCCACGUCUUACUUUCGGGGGAUGACUUAUAUUUCGCACUUCGGCAAAACCUCUACUACGUCUUAUUUUCAGGGGAUGUCAUAUUCAGGGAAACAGGAUACAUGCACCUUAAUGGCUCACAGUACACCGGUACCUGUAUCUUUAAAUAAAUUCACCAAAGCUUU